GCAGAGAGUAGGAAAACCACCCUGGGUUUACUGGGGUCUGCGGGGAGCAGUUACAAGAUGCUAAGGAGCCCGGUGCUGGGCAGGAGCCUUGGGAAGUCAUCCGAUUUCUCGGUCUUGGUCAAGCAGAUGUGGGGGACCCUCCGCAGUCAUCCGCUAAGGCCGGAGCGAAGGUCCUCGCAGGGUCCCUGUGCGCAGAGAAAUCAGACCGAUGCUCGCCACCCCCCCUGGAAGGGCCCGCUCUCUGUGCCGGGGGGCACCCGGCAGUCCCCCAUCAACAUCCGCUGCGGCGACUGCAUCUACGACCCGCGGCUGAAGCCUCUCAGGGUCUCCUACGCCGCGGACAGCUGCCUCUACGUCUGGAACACCGGCUACUUCGUCCAGGUGGAGUUCGACGACUCCACCGAGGGCUCAGGAGUCAGCGGUGGCCCCUUGGAAAACCACUACAGACUGAAGCAGUUCCACUUCCACUGGGGAGCAGCGGACACGUGCGGCUCGGAGCACACGGUGGACGGCCACGUGUACCCAGCAGAGCUGCACUUGGUUCACUGGAAUUCCACGAAAUACGGGAGUUACAAGGAAGCUGUGCUGGGGGAGAGCGGUGUGGCUGUGAUAGGCGUGUUCCUGCAGCUGGGGGCCCACCAUGAGCCGCUGCAGAAGCUGCUAGAAGUCUUGCCGGAAGUCAAGCAUAAGGGCGCGCGUGCGGCCGUGGGCGCCUUCGAGCCGUCGUGUCUGCUGCCCGCCUGCCGGGACUACUGGACCUACGCGGGGUCCCUCACCACGGCCCCGCUGGCCGAGUCGGUCACGUGGGUCAUCCUGAGGGAGCCCGUCCACGUGGCUCGGAACCAGCUGGCCGCCCUUCGCACCCUCCUGGUCUCUGCGCCCGGGGAAGAAGAGAAGGCGAUGGUGAACAACUACCGCCCGCUUCAAGCCCUAAUGAACCGGAAAGUCCGUUCGUCCUUCCCGGCUACGGAACAGGGCACGAGAUUCUAAGUGCGCGGCGUCCAAGUCGACGGACAGAACGGGCCUUUAAGAGAGGAAGUACUGUGUCCCACGCUUCACGGUCUGAUCGGCUCCAACCUCUGAAGUUAGAAAGAAAGAAAGACAUCAUUGUGUCGGUCAACGGACUUUUCGGUCACAAGGAAAAGAAAUCACUUCAAACAAACUUAAGCGUGGUUGGGAGCGGAAAUCCGGGACUCGGGGUAUCUCGGGGCCCGUGGCAGCACCCCAGAAGGCACCCGUUGACCCGGCCCCUGGCGGUCCGUGCUCUCUUCUCUCUGCUUCUCCACACUCACAGCCGCCCCGUGCUUCCCAGGAUGACGCACGCCCGGGACCCACAUGCGUCUUUUCCGCCUCCAGAUUCCUGGGUUGUGUCAAUGUCCUGGGGCUGCUGUAGCAUGUGACCACAAGCCAGAGGGGCUAGAACAACAGACACGUGUUGCCCCUCAGCUCUGGAGGCGAGAAGUCCACGUUCAAGGCGUGGGCGGGACUGGGUCCCCCACUUGCAGGCGGGCCCACCGUCUGGGGGCUGCCUGUCCCCCUUGGCCCACGGCCCCUCCUCCACCUUCAGAGCAGGGCGCUUUCCCAGGCGGCUGGUCAGCUCCCGCUGCCGCCUCACGGUCGUUCUGGAAGGCGUGUAACGGUUUCCUCCCGUGGGGUUUUGGGUUUUAAUUGUGCCGAGACACAGGGACAUGUGACCAUCUUACCCACCUCGAGCGAACAGUUCUGUGCUUUGCGGCACAUUUGUGGGGUUGCACAGCCGCCCCUUCCGCCCGACCUCAUCUGUACAUCGUACAAGCUGGAGCUCUGCCCAGGGACACACUCCCCCUCUGCCAGCCCCUGGCAGCCACCCGUCCGGCGUCCGUCCGUCCGUCCCUGAGAUGUUGACAGCUCUAGGAAUAAAGUAUAACUGGCGUCAUA